GUCCACGAUGGAUAGACCGAUACCUGCAUUUUAUGCUUGUUAUCUACUUCGGUCUACAGUACGCCACCAGAAUCUCUAUGUGGGAAGCACGCCACAUCCCGUCCGACGUCUGAAACAACACAAUGGAAUCGCCAAAGGUGGAGCCGUGAGAACAUCCAAAAACACGCUACGGCCAUGGGAAAUGACCUGCCUUGUCACUGGGUUUCCUUCCAAGAUCGCUGCCCUGCAAUUCGAAUGGGCAUGGCAAAACACACAUCAGACGCGGCAUAUCGCUCCAGAUGAACGCAUCACUCAAGCCAACACAAAACAAAGAUUCUCACCACGAAGUGGUNNACGCAAGCGCGCAGGACGCCCUCGUAUGUCAAUGCACGAUAAGCUUGCCAACCUUCACAUCCUGCUAAGAGCAAAGAGUUUCGAACGUUGGCCAUUACAAGUUAAGUUCUUUGCCGAAGAUGUGUACAAAAUGUGGCACAGGUGGACAGUCAACAUGCCUGAAGUCGUUCGUCAGGGUAUUGAAGUUGAGAUGGAUGAAUCAGUCCUACAACAAGCAGCACUCGAAGAGGACCCCUUGGACCCAGUUGGCAUCCAUAAAAUCGACCCUACCUAUAAUCACAUGAAGACCACUUUAGAAAAGAGCCGCAAACUGCUAGUCGCACCGAACAAUAGCUGCGUCGUUUGCUGCUCUGCUGUUGAUUCCACAACGGCAAUGGCGCUUGUGUGUUCCAAUCAGGAUUGCAACUCGAUCUUCCAUAUCAGCUGUCUAUCAACUCAUUUCCUCAAAGGCGAAUAUGGCGCUCAAGAUGCAAUUGUCCCAACACAUGGACAUUGCCCAUCUUGCAAAUCAAGCCUGAAUUGGACAGACCUUGUGAAGGAUUUGAGCUUGCGAAUCCGUGGCGAGAAGGAGGUUGCAGCUCUGUUCAAGGAGCCAAAACGCCGUAANAAGAACGUCAAAGAGAGCGCAAGGAGCGCAGCCAUUGUGGAAGACGAGGAAGCGGAGGAGCCUGAUGUUCUGGCAGAUGAAAGUGAUCCCGAGGUGGACUUUGACGACGUCUUACUGCAGUCAGACUAUGAAGACGUUGAUCAGAUGCAAGCAACACCAUCCGUUGGCGAUGAGUGGAAGCUAGUCGACGAGUUGAACGAACAAAACAAACCCCACGUCGUCGAUUCAGCAAGCUCCUCAGCUGCCAAAGCGCGGAAAGCAGUUAUUGAAGACAGCGAUUGGGAUGAAGCUGAGGUUAUCGAA